UGAUAGAAUACAAGAUUGCGCCAAUCGAGCUGAGAGCAACUGGCCAUGACGUCAAAAUAUACCAGAAUUAGAGAGCAAAGACGAAUUCAAUAAGAAAAAGAAGAAGAAUCGAACAGCUGGGGCAAAAUUGAAAGGUUUGUUUACAAAGUGCAUAAUAAAUCGCGGAUUUACGGAUUUACGGAAUUAUUUAAUUUUAAAUGCUACUUUUCCGGCAGCCGCAACAAACGCUGGCCCAAGCCUGCAAAUUGUUGCCAGCAACUGACCCGCUGGCUGCGCACUGGCAUUUGUUCAACUACUCAAAAAUGCACUUUGUAAACAAACCUUUUGGGUGUUGGCCACAUCAAGCGGCUCAUCUGGAUGAAAUGAAAAGGCUGUUAGAUGUAAUGCAGCAACGUGCUCCCGAUGUUGAACAUCAGUUCAAAGAAAAGUCAAAUGAGUUGGAAAUGGCGCAGCUUAUCAUACGCCAGUUGUCGGAUAAGGCCAAUGUAAACCAAGGCCGCAAUCGGAUAGAGUCCUCGACGCAGACGCAAUUUAUGUACGAGCAACAGAUUAGAGACUUACAAGCUAUGGUGCAACAAUUGACGUAUGCCAAAGAAAGGAAUUUAUGAUGGUCACAAAUAUAUUGGCAAAAACAUAGCAAGUGCAUAUGUCAAGUUGGAAAAA